UCCACACCGGGAGACACUCGUGACUCGUCUCAGUCGUCUGUUAGAGCGAGCAUUCUUCUCAUUGUUCCUCAGAUCGAAGCGAAGCAGAACGGAGAAAUCUCUCUAGCAAAAAAUGGCGGCGAAACCGAUUGCGAGUCCGAUUCCGGUGGCGAUGUACCCGACCUUGUCGGUAUUCACUCUAGCGAUUGGCCUCGUCAUUACCGCUUUCUUCUUCAUCUAUGAAGCUACAUCAUCCAGGAAAAACAGAAGCCUCGUGAAGGAGCUUGUGACUGCAGCAGUAGCAUCUGUUUUCUUGGGUUUUGGAUCGUUGUUUUUGCUACUUGCUAGUGGUGUUUAUGUCUGAUCCUUCUUCCUUAAUUCUAUUCCCAACUAGUUCAAUGAAAAGAAAAACACAAGACUUUUUUGUUUUGUUCAAGUGAAUUAGAAUUAUAAAUGUUGAGACUUUAAUUACCUUGUGCUUUUGAACGCUAAACGGAGUUUGGAUGUGACUUCUAUUAGAACAGCGUCUGCGUCGUCAAGUUAAUCACCUAUUUAAUAUCCCAAAAUUUAGAAGAA